GAGUUGUCGAUGGGAUAUUAAACCUCGGCAUCACGUGUGCUCACAAACUCCUGGGGAAAAAAAACCCAGAAACUGAUCUUCAUUUAUCCCGGAGUGGGUUCUCCUGGGAUUUUAAAUCCACCCCCACCCCCCGCGAUCAGGAAUUCCACAGGGCAGCUUCUGCCAACAACUUUGCAAACUCAAGAAAGUUCGCCACAAGUUGAGAGAGAUUUGAGAGAGUGGGAGAGACAGAGAACACAGCGACUCGACUCAGGGGCGAUUGGGAAGGACAAAGACGCUGCUGUCAGAGUCCAGACGAGGACUGUCUGAGAGACUCGAUGGUGAAGACCUGGGCUGCAGUGACCAUGGACUGAGCCUCAUUUGGGAGCCAUGUUGUUUGAGGAAGGGGAGAUGAAAAUUGGGGACUGGCUCCGCAUUAUCCACCUGGAGCAGUACACGGACCAGUUUAUGGAUAAUCAGUAUUGGCAGGUGUCCGACUGCUGGGGUCUUAGCAAUGACGAUCUCUUCCGAAUUGGAAUCUUCCUUCCUGGUCACCGCAAGAGGAUUCUGACUGCUCUGAACAAGGCUCGCGUGGGCACUCUGACCCCUGACCCACCAUACCAGGAGGCCCUGACCCCUGACCUCCCUGAGGUGCAGUCACAGAAGCCAAUCCCCAAGAAGAGGAAUGUCUACCCUGGUGAUCGGCGACCAGUCCCAGCCUCUCAGCCCCCAUUGGACAAGGCCCUACCCCCCAUUCCUCCCAGACAGACUCCAGGCCGCCCCCCUGAGAGAGUGGUGCCUGUGCCCCGUCCACGCAGCUCCCCCAAGACCCCCCUGAAACCCCCCAGCUCACCCCCUCCCCAGGUGCCGCUGAGUGAGACGCCUCGGCGGGAUCUUGCUGUGCUUCUGCCGCGACUGGAUGGGCCCCGGCCUGGACUGAACAACCCACUCCUGCUGCCGCUUCCCACGCGGCCCCCGCUCCACAAUCCAGCCCCUGCCCUUGACUCCAGCGGGGUGGACAGUGUGGACAGUGUGAACGCGAAUGAGUGUCGGACGGACCUCAGGUCCCCUCCGGUUCCUGGACGAGCUCAACCCUUGGCAAUCGCACGGUGCGGUGUUGACUACAAUCUGCCAGCACUCCCUGACCUCCCGGUCUGUAAUUCCCAGCCUGCGGAGCAGUCGCGAUGUGAGAUACUUCCCAACAGCAGCGUCUUCUUCCCGCCGGGAAUGGGGGACAAGGACAGCUCCUGCCGGACUCCCUGCUCGGACGUGACUGACCCUGAGCAGAGCAGUACCGGCGAGAGCCCCAGCAGUUUCUUCAGUGAUGACGACAAUGCCGAGGAUUACGAGAUGAUGUUAAGCAACACCCCCGGCUCCACUUCUGACGAUCUGAGCGUGUCUGGAUUGAGAGUGGACAGUGGCCUGCCCUCUCAGGGCAAUGUGUAUGAGGGGCAGGAGCAGCUGGGCCUGAAGCAGGGCCUCAACACCAGCCAGCUGUGCCCCCUCAUCAAAGCGGGUUGGUUAGACAAGAACCCCCCGCAGGGCUCCUACAUUUACCAACGACGUUUUGUCAGACUGGAUCCUGACUAUUUGAGAUACUUUGAGAAUGACAAGGAAGUUUAUUCCAAACGUGUCAUCUCCAUCAAAUCCAUCACCCGAGUUUCCUCUGUUGGGGAUCAGAAGUUUGAGGUUAUCACUUCCAACCGCACCUUUGUUUUCCGGGCGGAUAGUGACGGAGAGAGGAAUGAAUGGGUGAGGCUGAUCCAGCAAACAGUGGAGGAGAAGAGGCAGCACAGAGAGCACAUGCAGGAUGCUCGCAUGUCCGAUUGCUUCUUCCGGGAUAGUGUCUCGGAUGUGGGCGAGAAAUCCGGCUACUUGGAGAUUCGCACGUGUCGGAAUAAAGUCUAUGUGUCCAUUCAUGGGAACAAGGUGUGGCUGUACAAGAACGAAGAGGAUUACAGACUGGGGAUCGGUGUUACCUCAGUGGAGAUGAACGUUGCGACAGUGAAGGAUGCUGACAGACGAGGCUUUGACCUCACCACACCGUAUAAAACCUUCAGCUUCAUCGCGGAGACAGAUAACGAGAAGGAGGAGUGGGUGGAGGCGCUACGCGAGUCCAUAGCUGAGGCUCUGUCCAACUACGAGGUCGCAGAGCAGAUUUGGGCAGUGGAAUCGAACACGCACUGCGCUGACUGCGGAACGCCGAAACCAGAGUGGGCCUCCAUCAACCUCUGCCUGGUCAUCUGCAAGAAAUGUGCAGGGGAGCACCGAGCGUUGGGCCCCGGCAUUUCGAAAAUACGGAGUCUGAAAAUGGACAAGAAAGUUUGGACUGAGCAGAUGAUUAAGAUGUUUCAAUGUGUCAAUAACUGGAAAGCCAAUCAGUUCUGGGCAGCGAAUGUGCCCCCCAGCGAGGCCAUCAAUGAGACCAGCAGCAGUAUGGAGCGCAGGCGCUUCGUCAGUGCCAAGUACCGGCAGGGGAAAUACCGGAAAUACCACCCGCUGUUCGGAAACCAGGAGGAGCUCAACAAGGCUCUGUGUGCUGCGGUGGUUACCAGUGACCUGGAGGAGACCAUGUCCCUUGUUUUCUGUGGGGCCGAUGUGGGCUGUUUCUCUGGGGACCCUGAGCUCCCAUCUCCAGUUGACCUGGCCCAGCAAGCAGGCCAGGCUCUCCAGGUGGAAUUCCUCAGUCAGAACAAAAACGCAGAGACUCCGCGUUUAGAGUCGGGAUAUUUCGAUAGGCAGUAUUACGUAGCCCCUCCAUCCAUCACACACAACGGCUUCCUCUACAAGACAGCAUCCAUGGGUAAACCGAUCACAGAGAGGAAAUCCAGAGAAGAGUUCAGCAAGAGAUGGUGUGUCCUGGAUAACGGCUUACUGAGUUACUACGAGAGUGACAGGAACUCCACGCCCAAUGGGACCAUUGAGAUGCGGGAGGUUGUGUGCCUCAGUAUCAAUAGCCCAGCGGCACAUGGGUUCGAACACACUUUUGAGGUGUUCACAGAUUCCGAACGUCUGUUCAUGUUCGGGACAGACAGCGCACAGUCCAACAAAGCCUGGGUCAAAUCCAUUGCCAAGUCCUUCCUCCCGGCUGGGAUUGACCUCAUGAACCACGAGUUUGAGCGGAUCGGGCGUUUACAAUACAAGGAUGGUCUGAAUCUGGAGCAGGUGAAGGUGGGCUGGUUUGCGCUGGUGAGCUCCAUGCUCUACGUCUGGUUCCAGGACUCCGACAAAGAGGAGGCCAUUAACCUGAGGAAGCUACAGGAGUUGUCGGAGCAGCCUGACCACGACGUCCUGGUGCUGGUGGAGAAGAGACGGACCCUGUACGUUCAGGCGGAGAGGAAGCUGGACUUUAUCGGAUGGAACAGUUUGAUCCAGCGAGCCGCGGCCAGUGCGGGCAACACGUUGUCUGAGCAGCAACUCACCGAUGAGGACAUCCCUGUCAUUGUCGACCGAUGCAUUGCCUACGUCACCCAGUACGGUUUGACCUCCGAGGGGAUUUACAGGAAGAGUGGACAGAAGUCGAAGACCACCAGCCUGCUGGAGAUGUUCCUGAAGGACGCUCGCAGCGUGCGGCUGAGGGAAGGGGAGCAUCAGGUCGAUGAUGUCUCCAACACUCUGAAACGGUUAUUCAGGGAGAGUAUCAGAGAGAGCGUUUUCACCGACCAGAUCUACCAGGACUGGCUGCACGCUUCGAUGAUUCCUGAAGAGAAACAGAAGAUCCUGCAAUAUCAGAAACUGUUCAUGUGCCUCCCCAAAGUCAACCGGGCCACGCUGAAAGCCUUGAUCAACCACCUGUACUGUGUCCAGAGGCUGUCAGACAAGAACCAGAUGACGGUGCACAACCUGGCCAUUGUGUUUGGGCCCACCCUGUUCCAGAUGGAUGGACAGGACAACAAGGCUGGCCGUGUGGUGGAGGACCUCAUCAAUCACUUCAUUGACCUCUUCAACGUGGAUGAACAGCAGAUUAAGAAGCAACUUGAUGAAAUUGUCAGCAUCAUUAAACUGAGGGAUGCGUGCCUGGUCCAAUCCAGCCAGAACGCGGGAGACUUCAUCUGCACGGUGUACUUGGAGGAGAAGAAACCAGAGUGUGAGCUGAGCUUGAAGGUUCCUGCUGCAAUGACAGCCCAGGAGCUGACUGAGGAGAUCCUGUACCUGCGGAAACUCAUUACCAAGGAGAAAGACAACUGGUGCUGCUUCGAGGUGAUCGAGAGGGACGAGAUGGAACGACCACUACAUUACACGGAGAAGGUUUUACCCAUCCUACACUCGCUGGGCGCUGACAGUUACCUGGUGGUGAAGAAGAACAUGGCCAUUGAGGCCAUGCUGAUGUAUCUGGCCAGUAAGGUGGCGGAUCAGAAACACGGCAUGGUGAAAUUCCGGGAGGAGAGGAAGCUGGGAUUGGGAGUGGGCAGUUUCAGUGACCGUUACUUCAUGUUGACCGGCUACACCCUGCGGCUCUAUAAGGAAGUGCGGAGCAAUAAACCUGAGAAGGAGUGGCCAGUGAAGAGUUUGAAAGUCUAUCUUGGAGUUAAGAAGAAACUGAAGCCACCAACAUGUUGGGGCUUCACCAUCGUUUAUGAAAACAAGGAAAAGCACGAGAGGCAGCAUUGGUAUGUGUGCUGUGAUACUCAGAUGGAGCAGCGAGAGUGGUUUGCGACUUUCCUGUAUAUCCAGCACGACGGGAAUGUGUGGCCAAUGAGCCCUUCCAGCUCACGGACCUCGCGGUCUCCUCCAGACUCCAGGUUUAAUAACGUCUCCCUGAUCCCGCUGCGAGGCAGUGCCAGUGAAAUGAGGAACAGUGUGGCUGCCUUUACUGCUGACCCCCUCUCAAUCUUUAAGCAGCACUGAAAGCCUGGACUCCAGUCAAGGACGCUCAGGAGCUGGAAGCUGCAGAGCAGAGAAACCGAUAGGAGGGUGUGUUCAGCCGAGGGAGGAGGGAGGGAGGUGGAGGAGAAGGGGCAGGAGCAGCCCCUUCCUCUGAGCGUCACUCCUCCUGGUUCUUGUCGAGCUGAAGAACUGACAGUCACAAUCCACCUGAGCCAGUCGUCGGUGUGGGAGUGGAGGACGGUGCCGAGGAUCACCUGCUGUUUUAAAGACUUUUCCUACAUCGGUGUAAACCUGUUGUAGCAUAGAGAUUGUCCAAUGAAAGCUUGUACAUAUUUUACAA